AUGGAUGAAUCAAUGAAUUCUGUACAUAGCAUAUCUGCUAUGGAUAUAUCACCAGCAACAAGUCCAAAAAUGACACUCAAUCCAAUACCAUCAAAUCAUUUACUUCUAAAUGCAUUUCAACAACAACAAGAAUCACUUUCAAAUAUGUUAUUCAGUGUAGAAAGGCAAAUAAUAAAUAAAAAUCCAAUUCCAGAUGAUUAUGAUAAUAAUUCAAAUAGUCUUUGUUUAUACACAACGGUAUUAACAGACAACAACAUUCAAACUAAUCCCGAAGAAUCAAAUCAACCUCGACAACGAAUAAAAGUAGAACCUGUUUCAACAGUUGUCGAUUCAAAUCCUGUCAUAAAUAAAACUGAAUUAAAAUCAUCUCGAAAAUCAAUUAGUAAACUUAUUUUUCUCAUUCCAUUAUUAUUUUUAAUACUUUAUAUCAUUGUACAACAUAAGAAUACAUCUUCAAUUUUACCACGUACAUCAAAUUGGCAAAAUGCAAGUGAAUAUUUAAGUAAAAAUCUUAUCGGACAAGAUCAAGGUCUCGAACAAUUUAAAGAUGCUAUGGUCAAACAUAAGAAUUUUUCUAUUGUCAUCAUUGAGGGUUCAAUUGGUACUGGAAAAACUUAUUUAGCUUCAUCAUUAGAAAAAUUCCUAUCGACAACUUUAAUAUCUACAAAUGAUCUUCUUGGAUUAUCAAAACAUCAUUGGACUGAACCUGAUCAUCUUUCUUUAUAUUUAUCUUCAUGUUUAUCUCCAUCAUUAUUUCAAUUUUUAAUUAUCGAUGAUCUUGAUUUAUUAACAACGAAUGAACAAUAUUGUCAAAUAUUAACUUCAGCAUUACAUUCAAUUAAUAAAAAUAAAAAUCUUUUCAUUCUUCUUCUACAAACAGGUAAAAUGGCAAGUAAAUGUAAAGAAAGCUUUGAUAAUAUCACUACAAAAUCAAUUCAAUUUAAUAAAUUACAACGUCAACAUAUUCGAAAAUGUAUUGAAAAUGAAGCAGAUACACAAAAUGUUCAACCACCACUGAAUGAUCAGCAAAUUGAAAAUAUCCUCAAUUCAAUUGAAUAUAUUAAUGAACAAGGAAUAUUAUAUGGUACAACAGGUUGUAAACAAAUACCAUCACUAGUCAUGCUUGCAUCGAAAAAAAGUUCAUAUUAA